AUGCUUGACUCCCGUUUCGUCGAGUUCAAACUCGACUACACGAAAGCCAAGGACGUCGCCAUCGGGGCCGUCGUGAGCUCCGAGGACAUCUCCGCCGGGGGCCACCUCUGGAGGGUCAACUGCUACCCUCGUGGGAGCAAGAAAGAGGACGCCGGCGAGCACCUGGCCAUCUUCGACGCCUUCGCCAUCAUCAGAGACGGCACGCCGUCGUGGAGCGACGCCAGGAGGCGCGCCGACGUCUACACGGAACGCGGCGCCACCAAGGGGUGGCACCGCUUCGUGACGCGGCGCUACCUCGACUCCCUCUACGUGACGGCGGGCGGCUGGGUCACCGUGAUGUCCGGGGUGAUCGUCGUGCUCGACGACGAAGCCCUGCCGCCGCCGCCCGACGUCGGGGCCCAUCUCGGCCGCCUCCUGGACCGCGCCGACGGCUCGGACGUCUCGUUCAUCGUCGGCGGCGAGGCGUUCCCGGCGCACCGGGCCGUGCUGGCUGCCCGCUUGCCGGUCUUCAGGGCGCAGCUGCUGGGCUCCAUGGCUGAUGCCACCAUGCCUUCCAUCGCCCUGCACGACAUCGCACCCGAGACGUUCAGAGCUAUGCUCCGGUUCAUCUACACAGACGCCUUGCCGGCCGCAGACGAGGAGAUGAUGCGUCAUCUUCUUGCUGCAGCAGACCGGUACGCACUUGGACCGUUGAAGAUUGUGUGUGCCAGGAUAUCGUGGGACAAUGUGUCGGUGGAUACGGUCGCCACUACAUUGGAUUGCGCUGAAAUGUACAGCUGCCCGGAGCUGAAGCGGAAGUGCAUCAAGUUCUUUGCGGCGAAGAAAAAUUUCAAGAAGGCCGUGUUAACCAAGGGUUUUGUACAGUUGGGCCAGAGGUUCCCGUCAGUUAUUGAUGAGCUGCGAGAGAGGGUUGUUGGGUUACGAUUAUGA